UAAACACUCGUAAGUAAUUAAUUUAUAGAAAUGCGGUUAUGAGACGUUAAUUGGACUGUCUGAAAAUUCUCCCGUCAAACAGGUGUUAUUGAAUGAAUGUGUGCAGCAGUUCCCAUCGUAAUUAUUUAUUUAUGGUGUAGUGAAUACAAGUGUAUCGAUCGUGGUAACGAAGGCUAUUCCCAAGAAAGGAGCCAGCACAACAUUGUGGAAGGGUGUAAAACAAGCAAAUUCAUUGAGGUGAUAAGAAGACGCUAAAAGCUAAAAGUCUUGUUUACACUAUGUGCCCUAGCAAGAAACACUGUUCUCUCGUAAUAAUAAUAAUGUAAGAGUGGCACUAUGCCUGAACGCUAUCACAGUUUACACAUUAUGCUAUUGGAAUCGAGGUGAGAGCGAGCCGUGGCGAGCAUGCCGCACCAGUACGGCGCGGGCGCGGGUGGCAUGGGCGGGGGUCCACCGUCGCCGCCGCCGCAGCACGGCGCGCUGUAUCCGCGCUACGCUGCCGCCGCGGGCCCCGGCGCCGGCGCCUAUCGCCCGGAGGAGCGCAGGCUCACCCGCGAAGCUAUGGAACGUUACCUUCGUGACCGCUCCGACAUGGUUGUCGUCAUCCUACACGCCAAAGUCGCUCAAAAGUCAUACGGCAACGAGAAACGCUUCUUUUGCCCUCCGCCCUGUAUAUAUUUGUUUGGAGAUGGCUGGCGACUGAGGCGCGAGCGCAUGCUACGUGAGGGUGAAACUGAGCAGGCUUCCCAGCUAUGCGCAUUUAUCGGCAUAGGCAACUCAGAUCAGGAUAUGCAGCAACUAGAUUUAAACAACGGGAAACAGUACUGUGCUGCCAAAACAUUGUACAUAUCUGAUUCAGAUAAGCGUAAACAUUUCAUGCUCUCUGUAAAAAUGUUUUAUGGCAACGGCCAUGACAUUGGUAUAUUUAAUAGUAAAAGAAUAAAAGUUAUAUCUAAGCCUUCAAAAAAGAAACAGUCAUUGAAAAAUGCAGAUCUAUGUAUUGCUAGUGGAACUAAGGUAGCUUUAUUUAAUAGACUGAGGUCACAAACAGUAUCAACAAGGUACCUUCAUGUUGAGAAUGGAAACUUUCAUGCUUCAUCAACACAGUGGGGUGCAUUCACUAUACACUUGCUUGACGAUAACGAGAGUGAAUCUGAAGAGUUUGCAGUGAGAGAUGGAUAUGUCCACUACGGGUCCACUGUAAAGCUUGUAUGCUCUGUAACUGGAAUGGCACUUCCUAGACUUAUAAUUCGCAAGGUCGACAAACAAAUGGCUCUCCUAGAAGCAGAUGAUCCAGUAUCCCAGCUCCACAAAUGUGCAUUUUACAUGAAAGAUACAGAGCGAAUGUACCUAUGCCUCUCACAAGAGAGAAUCAUACAGUUCCAAGCCACUCCAUGCCCCAAAGAACAAAACAAAGAAAUGAUUAAUGAUGGAGCCUGUUGGACCAUUAUUUCUACUGAUAAGGCUGAAUACCAAUUUUAUGAAGGCAUGGGUCCUGUCAGAUCUCCAGUAACACCAGUGCCUUUGGUCCAUUCGCUGAACUUAAAUGGGGGCGGAGACGUAGCUAUGCUGGAGUUAGCCGGGGACAAUUUCACGCCAUCCCUCCAAGUGUGGUUCGGCGAUGUAGAAGCAGAGACCAUGUACCGCUGCGCUGAGUCAAUGCUGUGCGUCGUACCGGACAUCUCGCAGUUCCGAGGACAGUGGCUAUGGGUGCGGCAGCCUACACAGGUGCCAGUGUCACUAGUCCGUAAUGACGGUAUAAUCUAUGCGACGGGGCUCACGUUCACGUACACGCCGGAGCCCGGCCCGCGGCCGACGUGCCCGCCUGUCGAUGACGUCAUGAGGCCCGAACACGCUUGGCACGACGCCCAUCGGCUGCCCGAGGCGUUGCAAUAGCGUGACAACCCUAGCACGUUUCGUGACUGUUCAGUGACUAAUGUUAUAUUGUCUGUCAUGUUCCAAGUUCAAACUUAAACUGUGAGUAACCAAACGACGGUAAAAGUUAACCACCAAUGCUCGGAUAGACUAUGCUGUUGACGUCGUUCGUAACGACAUUGGGUCAGAAAGUAUCAAAAAAAACUGUACCGACAAGAGUGAAAUGGACUUUAGACACAUUUGUUUAAAGGUUAAGUUCGCUUACGUUUCUUCAGCCAGCGCUCCCGUGGAAUAGAAAUAAACUUAAAAUCACUAGUGCAUAAUGUGCGGCUUUAAAGCAAAUAAUUGUAGGUUCAGUUUACUUUGACCUUUUGUUGUUUCGGUACUCAAGACUCUAGGAUUGUAAGCGUGCAAUUCGUACAACAAAGCCGUACAGCGUAAAGUAGGUAUCAAAUAUAUACAGGUUUAUGUCGGGCAUUUAGCUUUGUCUCGUUUUGACUGUUUCUUAAAUCUGAGGUACUCCUUUAUUGACCUCAGACUAAAGCUCUGAAGGUGUUGCGCUAGAAAAGUGUGAUAUGGUAAACGAAAAAAGCCACUAAAUAGUGGCGAAAAAUUAUGCUGUCUAGGGUCAAAAGGUACAUCCGAAGAAUCGCAUUAAAUGCUUAAAGUACAACGAUUCAGUUUCAGAAAUAAGACUUACAAUGGUGUCGAUUUCGUUGUACGCAAACUUUUUCCCCAUUUUCUUUUUAAAAACAUGUAGAGCUCGUCC